UGAAGACAAAGGCGCACCAUGACGCACACAUUGAUUGAGAUGUAUUUAUACAUUUUAACGUAGAAAUAAACAUGGAGAAACAGCUUCGACUGUGCAGUUUCCUUUAUCUAAUUGCAAUAUCUUUAGCAGAUAAUGUUGUUUCAGAUGUUAAGAAAGAUACCAGCAAUGGUCAGAUGCCAAGUCAACUUGCACUUUAUAGAAGAAUUUUCAAACAAAAACGUUUAGAGCAAAUGGUGGCAGUAGAGAAUGUUUUAAAAUUGAAUGACUAUGAAAAACAGUACAAAAUAUUAAAUAUGAUUUUUGAGAAGUUAUUUAAGAUAAUUCAAGAAGCAAAGAAGGAAGUUACAACGAGUGGAUAUAAUCCUGGAGAUGAAUUUCCAGUUGAGCAAAAACAGAAGGAAGCCAUAGGACACAUCGUUGAGAACACAGCACUGCUUGGUGAUGUUGUCCUGAGACUGCCAGAUAUUACAAAAAAGCUAUUCAGUAAAAACAAAGAGUGGAAGCUACUAACUUUAUGGAGUUUAAGUUUUACAAAUAGUACAACAAUCUAUGAUGAAACUGAUAGUAAGCUGUUAAGCUUGAUGGCACAAGAGUUGAAGCUUAUUCCUCGUGAUCCAAAUUAUUUUAAUCCGUUCACAGAAGAGUCUAAAAGAAAGAUAAAGAAAUCAAUCAAGGAGGAAGAUCCAAUAUCUUCAAAUCACGAAAAUAAAAGUCAUAAAAAGAAAAAGCCAAGAGGUCCAAGGCUCAGUCAUGGUGAACUAUAGUUAUCAUAGUCCAUAGUGUUACAUCACGCAACAUUAAUAACUAGAGGUCUAACAGAAAUUAUGCUUGCAUGUAUGGCUUCGUUUACACGGUACCUAACCGUUCAUCACAUCUUCGUUUGCCGUUAUGGAGCAACGAUAAUUAGCAAACGCGUAUUAUAAUUUCAUAGACUUGGUAUAUUUAUGCAGGUCUCAGACAUUUAAAAUCUUCACAGCAUUUCAUUAUUUUCAAAAUUGACAGUUCUGAUAGCAAUCUGGUAUGGUGUAAACGGGAUCUUAGAAUUCUAGCAAAAUACUAGACUAUAGCUGUCGGCAUAGGUGUGGAAAAGUACAUUAUAACAAACCACAUUCCACAGGCACCUUGUUGUAAAAGCUUAUUUCCAUAUUUAUCGAUCAAAAUGGGAAAUUGCCUUUUUUGCAUCAUGAGAGUAACACCUUAAUUACCUCCAACUAACAAUCAGUCAAACAAUUAAUGAGGCAACAGUUAUGUAUCUUCAUUGAUUUUUCUGCACAACUUUUUUCCCUGCACAAUUUUUGUAACUCACUCUUAGAUCAACAUUCAACAGUAAAAAGUUUUCUGUUUGAAAAUAAAAAAUCGCUACAAAUUUUAAAUAAGUUAAACAAUGUUUAUGCGGGAAGGGUGAACCUAGUUGAACAGAAAAAGACGAGAUAAAAUUGAGACGAAAAAGCAAGGAUUCGCUCAGGUGGAAAACCGCAAUGUUGACUGUACAACAAGUUGCAACAAAUGUCCUGGGGUCGGUGGUUCAAAAG